UUCAUGUCUUUUCCCAAAUUUGAUUUACAAAACAAACAGAGAGCUUCUAAGCUUGUGGGGGAAAGGAAGAUCAAAUUCAUCCUUCUUACUUAACGCGUCGAUAAAUGGCAAGCCUUUACAGAGGGGCCUCUAGGAAAGAAAAACCCAGAGGGAGACAUCAUGGGUUACCUACACAAAAGAGACAAGAGAUCAAGGAAGCGUUCGAGUUAUUCGACACCGAUGGCUCAGGCACCAUUGAUGCCAAGGAGCUCAAUGUUGCCAUGAGGGCUCUUGGUUUCGAGAUGACAGAAGAGCAAAUCACUCAAAUGAUUGCAGAUGUUGACAAGGAUGGCAGUGGUGCUAUUGACUUUGAUGAAUUUGUGCACAUGAUGACAGCCAAAAUUGGGGAACGGGACACAAAGGAGGAACUCAUGAAAGCCUUCCAUCUCAUCGACCUAGAUAACAAUGGAAAGAUAUCUGCUGCAGACAUUAAAAAUAUUGCAAAGGAUCUGGGGGAAAACUUUAGUGAUAGAGAGAUCCAAGAGAUGAUUGAGGAAGCAGACCGAGAUCGUGAUGGAGAAGUUAAUGCUGAGGAGUUCAUCAGGAUGAUGAAGAGAACAGCAUUUGGGUAUUAGAACUGGAAAGGUUUUAGCCUUCUGCAGGAUGUUGAGAGCCUGAUCCGAUGCAGAAUUAUUGUGUCAUGUAUUUUAUAGCUAUAAGCAAACACCUUUCUUUGUUUCACUUUGACAUGCUUCUGUAGAAUGAUAAUCUUAGACAUAACAUGGUGCCUAGUGUAGUGUGGUGGUGGUACAUGUCUGUAAAAUUUUAAAUAUUUGAAAGUAUGAAAAAUACCAUCUUGGUUGAUGGUAUCGUUGUUAUUA